AUGCUCCAACCAUCCACACUACAAACCCGUCUCCUCGCCGGUCGAGUCAUCAAAGCUUCACCCUUCUCACAGCUACCAUACCGACGUCUGACACCAUCUCUCUACACACCCAUCCGCCACUCCAGUUCCUCCACUACUACAACCACCAAAACCCCCAAAACAUUCUACACCCUCUUCCCCACCACCCUCCCCACCGGUCCCCCACCAACCGGUCCCUUCACAAUCAACCUCCGCGCCCUCCGCGCCGAAUUCCUCAAACUCCAACAAUCAACCCACCCAGACCUCUUCCCCCCAUCCCUCCGAAAAUCCGCCGAAACAGCCUCAGCGCAACUAAACAAAGCCUACACGACCCUCUGCUCUCCACUCCUGCGUGCCGAAUACCUCCUAACCCUCCGAGGUUACACAGACCCGUCAUCGGACGAAACACAUCAGAUAACCGAUCAUGAGUUGUUGAUGGAGGUAUUAGAGGCCAACGAGGUUUUGGAAAAUGCGAGGGAGGAAGGGGAGUUGGUUGAGUUGAGGGAGAGGAAUGAAGAGAGGAUUGAGGAGUGUAUUGGGAGACUUGAGGAGUUGUUUAAAGCUGAUAGGUUGGAUGAGGUUAGAGUUGAGGUUGUUAAGUUGAAGUAUUGGGUUAAUGUCGCGGAAGGGUUGAAGCAUUGGGAACCGGGGAAGGGGGUUAGUUUGCAGCAUUGA